UCUUGGCGGAAGGUGAAGGACGGAAGAGUGGGGUGUUGCGACGCAAGAUGGCGGCGCCCUGAGUAGAUGGAAGUUCGGAGGAGGCACAGAUGAGGAGCCUGCUGUGACCUUUACCCUCCAAUUUCCAGUCACCAACAUAUAGAAUACGCGGCAGCAUGACCCAAUCAGUAAAUGUGUUGGAGCAGCUCCACCUGCUAGAAUCUCUGGACCUGCAGCAUUUGGAUGAAAUCCACAAGCUUAUAACUGACCACCUGCACGCAGAUCGCUCUCCUGUUUUAGUGAAUAACUUAGUGGAUCAUUAUCUGGAAACUAGCUCUGAACAAGCAAUGCUCAUACUUUCUAUGGUUCAAGAACCUCAUGACAAGCACCUUUUGGACAAAAUAAAUGAAUACUUAAGUAAAGCUCCUACUCGCUUACAAACCCUAUCCUUAUUAGGUCACGUGGUUCGUCGUCAGCCAUCUUGGAAUCACAAAUUGUCACAAGCAACUGUUCUACAGUCUUUGCUUAAAUGUCUCAAGAUAGACACAGAUGUAGUCGUUCUCACCACCGGACUAUUGGUGUUAAUUACCGUGCUGCCAAUGAUCCCACAGUCUGGGAAACAGUAUCUCCAUGAGUACUUUGACAUAUUUGGAAGGCUUUCAGCCUGGUGCUUGAAAAAUCCUGGUCGUGUGCCAGAUGUUUGCCUAGUCCAUCUUCAUGCCAGUGUUUAUGCCCUCUUUCACCGGCUCUAUGGGAUGUAUCCUUGUAAUUUUGUUUCGUUCCUUCGCUCCCAUUACAGUAUGAAGGAAAACUUGGAGACCUUUGAAGAAAUCGUAAAGCCAAUGAUGGAGCAUGUGCGCAUACACCCAGAACUGGUCACUGGUUCUAAAGACCAUGAACUUGAUCCUGGCAGAUGGAAGAGGCUCGAGACUCAUGACAUUGUUAUAGAAUGUGCCAAAAUCUCGCUGGAUCCUAGUGAAGCCUCCUAUGAAGAAGGAUACUCCCCACAUUCCACUCGCCUUUGGCAAAGACAGCAUGAAUCUGCUUCCAGCCCCUACACUGAUCCUGGUAGCACCUACGCAAGCAUCUGCUCUACGCCCUACUCCACUCCUAGACUGUGUAGCCAGGAGCCACUUCUUCAGCAUAUUGGCAUGCAGGUCCAAUCUCAGACGCUGCAGGAUUCCAUCUGGAGCCCCGCAAUAUGUAUUCUGCCCUCCCCACCCAACUCUCCUGUCAACGUGUCCUCCAAUUCUUCACUACCUUCCUGUCAUGCCCCCAGCAAAGUGCUUGGCACACCUGGAGUGAAAGGGACUCCCCAAGGAACACCGGCAACCUCCCCUGCUCCAAACUGCAGUCAUAAUGAUUCUCUGCACAUAGCUUCCUCUGGAACACCACCCAAAAAGAAUGAAUCCUCUGAUCGGAAGAAACCGGUGUUGAGCCAUCUGCACGGCAGCAAAGAGAGGGGUUCUGAAUCGCCCGAAAGUGUGAAAACGGUUUCCCUCGGUGAACUUCAAGAUGUUAUCGGAGUCCUGCCUGCUGAUCACCACAAUACAGAAGAAGCUGCUAUAUCACAGGAGCUAUCUCAGAUCACUUCUGACCACGAGCCAGCUAUUCGACGUGGAGGCUUUGAUUCACCAUUUUGUCCUCCGUGUAACAGCCAGCCUGGCUCACAGAAGAAGCUUGCUGCAUACGGUGUCUCCCAGGUCUCCGAUCACAUAGUUUCUGACAAGCUCCAAAAUGCAUCUCAAGACCCCUCCAAACAGGCAUUCACUCCUAUCGAGCCACCUGUAGGGGUAGAACAUAGUAGCCUCUCAGGGAAGCUGCAAUGUGCGAACUCUUUACAGAAUGCCAGGAAGCUCUUCACCCCUAGCCCCUGUAAAUCUCAGGCUCACUGUAAGUCAUGCUUCAGCUCAGCACCUUAUGAACAUCUAUUUGAACUGGCACUGCCCAAAACUGCCAACCUGUUUAUCUGCAAGAAAACAGAUGAGCUGCAUAAGAAGAUAAAAUGUGGCCCUGAGGAGGCAGAAGAACAGACCUCCGUAGUAUCCCCGUCAGAGUUGCUUGACCGGCUUAUAAUGCUGGGUGCUGAUGCACAUACGAAAGAGUUGAACAAGUUGUCUUUACCCAGCAAAUCAGGUGACUGGACUCAUUUUGGAGGUUCUCCCCCACCUGAUGAGAUCCAUACGCUCCAAAACCAGUUGGUGUUACUCCAUAACCAACUUCUGUAUGAGCGAUUCAAGAGGCAGCAACAUGCCAUGCGCAACCGUCGUCUUCUGCGCAAGGUGAUCGAUAUGACCGCUCUUGAGGAAGAGCAUUCUGUAAUGACUGAACAGAUAAAGGUACUACUGAAAGACAUGCUUAAAUUAGGGGAUAGCCUUCUUCUGGAACAAACUAGGUAUAUUAGACUGCAAGAAGAAAAAGAUUCUGUUAUCACCCAGCUCCACAGUCAAAUUCGCCAACUCCAGGACGACCGUGAGGAGUACUACAAUCAGAGCCAGGAGCUGCAGACUAAGCUAGAAGAUUGCCGCAAUAUGAUUGCAGACCUACGCUUGGAGUUGAAACAAGCCAACAACAAAGUGUGCCACACAGAACUUAAGCUCGGUCAGGUUACUCAAAAGCUUGUAAACAGUGAGUCUGUACAGCAUCAGAUGGAGUUCCUAAAUCGACAGCUUCUAGUUCUAGGAGAAGUGAAUGAGUUAUAUGUGGAACAGCUUGUGCAUAAAAGUGCUAAGGCCCCAAAGGAAUUGGAUUUGCUGAAAGAUUCCUUUCACAGGGAGCUAGACAAGUCUCGAGCCAUUGUUAUUCAGCAAAAUCAAAGGUUGGAAUUCACCAACAAACGCAUAGUGGAACUGGAGAGUCAGUUGGCCAAGAAAGAUAUUUUGUUAAUGGAACAGAAGAAGUUUCUGGAAGAUCUUAAAGCAAAAAGCAGAGGCCAGUUGGAGGCAGUAGAACGCAAGUACAAUGCUCAGAAGCGGGUUAGCCAGGUGUUUGAAAGAGAGAUUCUUGCUCUGCAUAGUAAGCUGGAGAAGGAAGGAUUUCUGAAACAUCGACCUGAGGAGAAAGCGGAAACUGCAGAAGUUGCAGAGGAAAGGUUUGAUCCAAACAGUGCAGUGCUUUCUGGCUCUGUUAUUGCCGUUCAAGAGGAAGUUAAUGGAAGUACUGGGAGGAUGUCCCCAAAAUUCACAAACCUUGGUAGUGGGGCGAGCAGCAGAAGUGGGAGCAGUAACUCCACCCCAGAGAAAGAAACAAACUCCCAGCGCAAUGGGCGUGAGAUUUCACAGCUUUCAUCUAGAAGCCAUGUGACUAUUGGUUCUUACCCAUACGCCAAAAGUAUUUUAGGCAUCAGAACACGUGAGCUGUUUCGCAACAAGAGUGAAAGCCAUUGUGAUGAGGAAGUAAUCAGCAGCCUCUCUGAUUUCUUGAAAGCUGAACUUUGCCAGGAGCCAGGUGUAGAGGAAAUUGCCGAAGUCUCUCUUACCAACGCAGCAGCACAAUCUUUGGUGGAUCUCUAAAUCAUGUACUAUAGGUAGACACCACAGUUAGGAGGCAAGCAAUCAGUGUUAUUGUCCAUCUGGCCUCUGAAUGAAGGACUUGGUGUUGUAAACCUACAAUAAACUUGUCUUGCUACUUUUUAGGAGUAGUAGACAUUCUGAACUGGAAAGUAGUGUCAGAACAGACUCUUUAAGCCACAACUGGGUGUUUACACGUCCCUUUCUGCUUUUUCUCAUCUCAUUUUUUUUUUCUUUCUGGUAUCAUUUUACACCCAUAACACUCCCCUCACCAUGUUUCAUACCUCUCAUAUACCAUUGUUGGCAAACGAUUGUAAUGUGCUUGCGAUCACCUUUAUUGGCAAAGAAAUUGGCUCAAUAUUAGCGUCUGAGACCCUCCAAUGCAGAGUGAGAAAAUUACAUUAUUUGCCAGACCUUCUCCCCAUUACCCCUAUGUGCACAUUCUCCCAGGUUUUUUUUUUGUUUAUAGACUAGUUUCAUGUUUGGCUAAAAUGACAGAUUAUACCUUCCCAUUUCACACAUCACCAAUUAUUCAAAUUACCUAGUCCCCAAACUUCCUCUGGCACUGGAAUAUGGCAGCUCAGCCCAGCAUAUUGCUCUUUAGAAGUGACCUUAUCGAUAUUAGUAAGAUAACAUUGACUCAAGGGACCAAUAGCUAACAGAGGCCUUUAUUUUAGUUUUCCUUUCAUAACCCCUACACCCCCUACAGUGUCAACCUGGUCAGAGACUACACUCGAUCUUCAUAAAGGUCUUACCUUAUGACAUUGCUUGUAUUCUGUUCCUCAAUCAUUUCAUUUGCUGUGUUUUGACAGUGGCAGUGGCCAUUGUGUAAACACCGAUUACAGCAUCAUAUCUGGAGAUAUUGGUUUUAAUAUAGAUAAUGCACUUUGACAAAACCCAUUCUGAAUGAAACACUACAAUCUAGCAUGCUGUUUAUGCUUUGUAUAACAAAGCAAAGUUUAAUUCUGCUGGCUUUUUUUUUUUUUUCUUGGGUACAAUAUUUAUCAGUUUAAAAUUUCACAAGUGCAUUUUUGAUACUGGAUUAAUUGCGAUCAAGAGAGAAUGUGGUUUAGUUGAAGACCUUCUAAUUGGAUUUAGAUUUUUGCACAGUCUUCUAAAAUGUCUAAAUUACCCGUCUCUCUGUCUCUCUCCAUCCAACUGGGGUGGUGUUUAGUCUUGAGUUUGUGAUAUUUAGCAUCACAUCUCAAUGUGCUUCACCAAGAAAUCUAUUGUCCUCAAGAUUGUAUUGUAAUUUAAAAUGUCUGAAUGCCAAUCACUAUUUGGGAGAGAAAAUAAUUUGUUCGGGUAACCGUUUCAUGUUAGUUGAUCUACUCACUGGUAAUACUUAUAUCCUAAUAUUUUGAAUCAAGUACUGAUAAAUCCGUUAUUUAAUCUGACCGCUAAAAUACCAAGAGAUGUCUGUUUAUAGGCCACUAGUGUUUUUGUACAAAUUAUAAGUGGACCAGAAAUCCAUCUCGACUCUUAGUUUAAUGUUUAAACAGGAGAUGAGUUGAAUUUUUGUCCAUAUUUUUUUUUUUUCACACUGUCAACAAAAGAUUAUAUAUUUUUUUUUUUUUUUUUUUUAAGAUUUGGUUGCUGACCUCAAAACUUGCUUGAGCUUUUUGUUAACAAAAAUUAAAAGGCAUUGUAUGUAUUUACAGGGCAAUCGUUUUUUGCUUUUUAAAUGAAGUAUAUGUAAAGCUGAAAAAAGAAACUCUGCCAUAUACAUGCACCUUGGGUCAGACAAGGUGUUUGAACAUAAACAUAUACUUCAUUUAAAUAGUAAAAUAUCCCAUUUCAAAAAUUGAUGAAAGGAUUAUUCGAUUAAACAUUUGUUUUGAGGCAACAGUUGUCCUGUUAAGGACAGGCUAUUUAUAUAUAGAAUUAUUUCAAGGCAUACACCAUUAAAAUCCACUUUGUUCCAUAUUUGUUUAGAUUAUGUACUUGCAUCAGGUGAUUAGUGAGCAUCAAGGGACAAGUGAGUGAUCAUAUCUUUUUCUUCCUUUUAUUUAUUUUUUUCUCUUUCCCUCCAGCACGUAUUUAAAAAUGGGUUAUUUGGGAUUUGGACCAUUUGAUAAACUAAAAACUAUAAGUUAAAAAAAAAAAGUGAAUUUAAUAUACAAAAACCCAAAUAAAAUGAUAAAAUAGUAAAAAUUUAACAAAAAAAAAACACUAUAUAUUUUUUCUGUUUUGUUCGGAGGUCAAAACAUGUUGAAUUAUUGUAAAACAAAUCUAGUUGCGUGGACUUCCCAUUCCCACAUGUGACACUGCGUGCCCAGGACAUAGCCCUAUGUAAGCUUUACAUACUCCUCUGUGUAUGACCCUGAUCUGUAGGGUUGUGAUUGCAAAUUAACAAAUUCAUUGCAGAGUAAGAGUAAGCAUUGUGUUGCUUUUCAUUUUGUUUUCCUUCUUUUCAAUGCUAUAUUUUUGCUGUCCAGCAGAUAGACCAUUUCACACUUUCACAAAGCAUUUUUACCAUUUAAAGGGGAGGAGAGGCCACAGAUACAGGAUGUUUGAUUCAAUCUGUCUGCACCAGGAUGCUCUGAAAUGUUUAAGAUUUGCUUGUGUUUUAACUGUGAACAAAUAAAUGAUUGUUUUGCACUAUUA